AUAAAAACUGGUGAGAUGCUUGCAUCGCAUUUGAAUAAAAUUGUAGAUGAAGUUGGGGAGGUCCAAAUGAUAACUGAUAAUGGUUCAAAUUUUGUCAAUGCUGGAAAAAGGAUGUUGGAAACUCGACCUCAUAUGUAUUGGACCCCAUGUGCAGCACACUGCAUCGAUCUCAUGUUAGAGGAUAUAAGUAAGUUGAAAAUUCAUCAAAAGACACUCAAAAAAGCAAAAGAUGUGGUAAAGUUCAUUUAUGGGCAUACUAGGGUGUUGGAUUUGAUGAGAUCUUUCACGAAGAAUCAUGAACUUCUUCGUCCUGCUGUUACUCGUUUUGCUACUGCAUAUCUGACUCUUCAAAGUAUUCAGAAACAAAAACAAGCUCUUCGAUCUAUGUUCUCUUCCGAAGCUUGGAAUACUUCUACAUGGGCUAAGAAACACGAAGGAGUGAAAACAAGAGCUACAGUUCUAUUUGAUCAAAACUUUUGGCCUCACAUUGCUUACUGUGUGAGGAGUGUUACUCCUUUAGUGAGUGUUCUACGGGAAGUUGAUUCAGAAGAGAAGCCUUGUAUGGGAUAUAUGUAUCAUUUGAUGACUAAGGCUAAGGAAAAUAUAGCUUUCAAUUGUGGUAAUAACGAAAAAAAGUAUGGUCCUGUUUGGAGAAGAAUAGAUGAAAGAUGGAUGAGCCAACUUUAUCGUCCAUUACAUGCUGUGGGGUAUUAUUUGAACCUGCAAUUGCGAUUUGAAAAUAAAUUCUCUGAUGAAUUUGAAAUCAAAGAAGGUUUACAUAAUUGCAUAGAAAGGAUGUUAGAUUAUGAUGAGAGAUUAAAAGUGGAUAUCCAGUUAGAUUGUUACGAUCACUUGAGAGGCGAUUUUGGGAGCCAGUUAGCCAUGGAUUCAAGAAAGAUGCGAUCUCCUGCUGAUUGGUGGAUGCGCUUUGGAGGUCGAACUCCAGAGUUGACAAAAUUUGCUAUUCGCGUCUUAAGUCUGACUUGUAGCUCCUCGGGCUGUGAAAGAAAUUGGAGUACCUUUGAGUCGAUUCAUACGAAAAAAAUAAAUAGGCUUGAGCAUUGCAGGAUAAAUGCUUUAGUUUAUGUAAGAUAUAAUACAAGAUUAAGAGAGCGGAGCAUCAAAAGAAAAAUGCACAAGAUUGAUCCUAUUUUGGUUGAUGAAGUUGAUUCGGAUGAUGAAUGGAUUACUGAAAGAGAAGAAGAACCUGUACUUCCUGAAGAACCUUUGUGGCUUGACGAGGAGAACUUAUUUGAUGUCGAUGUUAUUAAAAUGGUGUCAUGUACUCCGUAUGAGGAUGAGCUUAUUCAUGAUACUACAAUUGAUGUCGGUAGUACACAAAAUACAAGUGAAUCUGGUCCUUUUAACAAAAAGCAGAAAGUAGCUGAAAUUUCAGCUAACUUUGCCACAUCUUUCUCAGUACCUUGAGAGAUUUCUGCAUUCUUCUCAACCACAGAGGUAUCAGAUUUACAGAGGGGCAAUUCUUCUUCACAAGUUCAAAUAGAUGAAGGACUGCCAGAUGUGGAUAUUGUUGAUGAAGCAAGAUGGACUACUACAAACACUCUGAAUUUGAAUGACGAUGAACUCCACUUUGAUAGCGAUUGACUGUGUCUGUAACAAACCUUGUCCCUCUUUUUUUUUUUUUUUUGUUCUUUUGAUAUUUUUUUAUCUGAAUGAGUUUAUGGAAAUAAUAGAAAAACUCUCAUCUUGUUUUGGAGGGGGAUUUUAGCUGUAUCAGUUUAUUACCAAGUUGUGCAUCCACAUUUACCACCUCUGUAACAUUUUCUACAUUAUUUUGAACCACAGAAGUAUAAGAUACUUGCACCCACUGCUUUUGUACUAAGUCACCAACUGCAUUUUUCUAUUUGUUGUACUAAGUCACCAACUGCUUUUUUCUAUUUGUUGCAGGCCUUUUGACCUUUUUGCUCUCAUGGAUGAAACCUACUCUCAAGAAAAUAGGCUAGACAAAGUGUAUUUUUUGAUCACCUGAAUGUUGAAUUCUUCAUUUUGUUCCCAAAUGGGAGUUGAUGUAUUUAUGCUGAACUUUCAUAAGCAAACUUGUGCUUGUAAGUAGUGUAUAAUAGAUUGUUUUGA